AAAAAUUUGCGCGCGCGUUUAUAACCCGAUGUAAAUAAACUUCGUUCAGCUGAAUGCAUAAAAAGUUUUCAAAAUUAUUGCUUUUUAAUCAUGUCCUCGUCAGACAAAGCUUUUGAACUGGUUCGGGAGUUGACGAGAACGACGGAAACCAUACCACCUUUUAAUGAUGAUGGAGUGCGAUCAGUUCUCGAGGACAUCAACCAAAUCUAUCAGGAAAACUACAGUGCAGCUAUGUCGUACAAUCAAACGAGCGACCGUAAAUACCUGCCUCUGGUAAUGUACCGGCACAAGCUGAUCCAGCGGCAGAAACGUUGCGUAAUGGUGUAUCUGUACAAUCGGAUCCAGAAGCUAAAGAAGGUCCGUUGGCAUCUCGGCGCCACCUUGCCUGCUGACAUCAAGGCCAAUUUGAACGAACCGGAGCUGCAGUGGUUCAACAACUAUUCCCGCAUCCUGGCCAACUACAUGAUGACGAUCGGGGACGAUGGCCAGGGUCUCAAUCUGACCAACGAUAUCAAACCGCCAAAAUCGCUGUUCAUCGAAGUUCGCUGCCUCACGGAUUACGGUAAGUUCGAACUCGAAAGCGGUGAAAUUGUGUUGCUUAAGAAAAACAGCCAACACUACCUUCCAAAACUCCAAUGCGAGGCCCUCAUCCGGCAGGGAAUUUUGCAGCACAUCGUUUAGGUUGUAAGAUAUUCCAAUUUUCCCCCAUAGAAACCGAAAGGAUGAGAAAUGAAUUUACAGCAAAUAAAGUUAUUCAAAAUGGUAA